CAGUGUCCCUGUCCUUCAUGGAGAUGUCACAGGCAGAGAGCUGGGAAACACAGCCACUCAUUCACAUGCCCUCCUCUGCAUACCGCUGUUGCCGCCCAGCUCAAGGCAGUGUCACCUGAAUUCCACACUGGCUGGUUGGAAUGGCUGCUCCUCCCAGGCUAUCAGUGCUGCACUGGAUCCUCCUUCUCACCAUCUCAGUUGACAGGUUCUCUGUUCUGGCAUUCCAUGUGACAGAGGGCAGCACAGUGAUUUUAUCAUGUCAUUACUCUGUAAAGCACCACGGCCUGAGCCACGUCUGCUGGGGACGAGAUUGUGGAACUUUCUGGUGCAACGACAUCAUUGUACAAACAGAUGAGUAUGGUGUCAUCUCCAAAGUGUCGGACAGGUACAAGCUCAUUGGAGAUGUUCUUUCAGGCCAAAUGGACCUGGGGAUCCAAAGGCUACAGAAAGCAGACAGCGGGCCAUACUGCUGCAGAGUGGACAUAAAAGGCUUUUUUAAUGACAAGAAGGUGUCUUACACUUUGAGUGUCAUGAAAGCACCAACGACUAUACCACCAACAACCACCACACCGCUUAUUACAGAGCCACUGGAGACACAGACAGUGUUACUGCUGUCAAAUCAGUCCAGAGGAGAAGACCCAUCACUGUCUGACAUUUCCUGGCAGAAUGUCACUCAUGUGCAUUCUGGGGCGAUGAUGGAGGAGGCUAUCUCCAGAAUCACACUUCAGAUAAACAUCCCCGUGCUGUCUCUGUCUCUCAGUCUGCUACUGCUCCUCUUAGGGGCAAUGGCCCUGUUGACCUUCAAACGUGGGUAUUAUGGGAAGGCAUUAGACAGUGGUUGCUUCUCAAAGGAGCCACGGCACAUUAUCUAUGAAAUACGCACCAGGAGACCAGUGGAGGAGAACAUCUACACACUGGAAUAGAAGCAAAACCAACCUCUCUUUAUAAAUAAACACACACACACACACACACACACACACACACACACACACACAUGCUGCAGGUCAUUAAUAAUAUGAAGGUUUUGAUUUGAUUUUGGAAGAAAAAUAUGUUCAACCAAAAAAUGAAAAUGAUGUCAUCAUUUAUUUACCCUCAUGUUGCUCCAGAUGUGUAUGAUGAGAUAUUUAGCAGAAUAUCAAUGCUUCUAUUUUCCAUAGAAUUAAAGUAAACUGAAACUGGGGCUUUCAAGAAAAAAGUAUCAUAAAAGUAGACUGAAUACAGGUAAAGUGGGACAGCUGGUAAAGUGUGACCCUUAAGCCUAAUUAUCUAUCAUUAUGUAUAUUUACUUCCAUUGCUAGAAAUCCGCAUUAAGUUCAUCCAAUCUAGUAUGGAAUGAAUUUGAUGUAGCCAUUUGGAUGGUGUUUUUAAAACAAUGCCAGUGAGAAAUUAUUAGAAAGUGUCCAAAUUUGUCUGUAUUCACCCUACCAUAACUGUAAUCCAAAUGACUACUUUUGAUUUUUGUGUGAGGAGCUGACUGUAUAUUUUAUCUGCUUAAAAUCAAACAGGUUUGGAGCAACAAGACAAAAUAAUGACAGAAUUGUAAUUUUUAGUAAAAGUAUCACAUUAAUGUGACAACUCCUUUAAAACUGUAAUAAUUCAUGAAAAGUCUAGUGUUUUUUUCACAUUACUUCAUAAGUUUGUUAUUAUAAAUAAACCUAGAAUUUUUACUUUUGAUAAGUACAUUUAUUUGUCACCAUGUAGAGAGCAACACACUAC